AUGAAUUAAUAAAAUUUAAAAAAAGCAAAGACCUCUGGUAAGAUGCUUAACUAGAUAGAUGAAUAUUAAGAGAGUUCAAGAAACUAUAAUGAUUAAGAUCCCGAUAUAAAAAAUGGAGAGAAAAAAAGUAAAAGGAAAUCGAAUAGGAAAUCAAACAAAGUUUUUGCAGCAGUUGAAAACUCUGGAGUAACAACAUAGAAGCAAUUAACUAUAAAGCAAAAUCUGAAUAAAAAAAGACCGUCUCAAGAAUAAAACCUUAAAGAUAAUGAUGUUAAUUUAGAAGACAUAUUUAAAAAAGACACUGAAGAUCAUGAUGAGGAAUCUCAGAAUAAUGUUUAAAAAGAUUUAGAAGAGCUGUUUGAUUAAGAUGAAAUGGAAACAGCACUUGAAGCUGAAGAUGCUAUUAAGGAUGUAAGACUAAGUAACUAGUAUUAUAACAAAAUCAUAAUAUCUGAAUACUCAGCUGUUUUUUUCUCUACUUUUGGGAUGUGUCUCUCCGUUUUACUUUUUGAAAUGAAAGAUAAUAAAGACAUAUCAGAAGUCUAAAAUAUGGUUCUCAGCUAUAAUGUAUUUUGCACAAUUGGCUGCAUUCUCAGUAUUUAUAUGAGAUAUGAUCUAUAUUUGCUCUGGAAUAAAUCGAGGGGGCUGCUGACAGAAUAUGAUACUCUUUGGAAUACAGGCAACUGGUAGAGCCUUGGAUGUGAAUUAUUCAUCGUAAUAAUUGCACCAUACCCAUUCUUAUAUGACAUUAAAUAUGAAGAGUACAAUCCACAAUUUUCAACCUAUAUUACUUAUGAUGUAAACGAUCUCUUGCUUACUUUCAGUUUCUUGAGGAUAUACAUUUUAGCAAGAUUUACAAUGGUUAAAACCUAAUUUAUGAAUCCAAGAUCUCUGAGAGUUUGCUUGAUGAAUGGAUGCUAGGCUGACGUGUUUUUCGCUGUAAAAUCUAUAAUGAAAUAAAGGCCUUAUACAGUCCUUGGAAUAUCAAUGAUUAUUUCGACAGUUAUCUUUUCAUAUUAGUUGAAAAUUUUUGAAGCACCAAUGUCAGAAAUUAGUGGAUAGAACUUUUAAUCAUUUAUCAAUUGCAUGUGGUGUGUAAUGGUAACGAUGGGCACAAUUGGAUAUGGGGAUAUUUAUCCAAAGACUGUAAUGGGACGCAUUAUUGGAAUGAUUGUCUGCUUUUGGGGUGUAUUUAUUGUAUCUAUAUUUGUAGUGACACUCAACAACAUGCUAACAUUUAGUGCCAAUGAAGAGAAAGCAUAUAAUUUGCUUCAAAGAUUAUACUAUAAAGGUGAACUGAAAAGGAAGGCAACUUUAGUACUUGGAAGCGCUUUUAGACAAAGGAAUGUUAAGAUAAAUGAUGCUGAAAAUAAUAGAAAGAUUCUCACAGCAAUGAGAAUAUUCCGCAUGCAUAUGAUUAGUUUUUAAAAUACAGCUAGAGCAGUGAGAGGGUUUUAUGAAGCUGACACUGAUGUUGAAAUUAUGUAAAAAUUAAUUGAAAAUCUUAUGGAAGAUGUUAAAAUGCUACGAGAAAAUUAGCUUAGUAUAUAGAAAAGGAUAUAUAAUGUGGGACUUUACAUUGAAAAGCAACUUCAGCAGCAUAGUUUUUCAAAUCAAAGCCAGGUAUAAGAAGAAGUAGAAUUUGUUGAGGAAUUAUUAGUCUGA